GUCGCCGCUCUCUCUCUCUCUCUCCCUCUCGGUUCAGUGAGAUGGGAUCCACUCCCGCAGCCACCGCCCCACCCUCACACUCACCAUCGACGACCCCCGCCGCCAUCGCACACCAUAGCGCCAUCCCCUCACCCUAGCCCCAGGUCAGGCAGUGCGAGGCGGCGCUCCUAGACCCGCGAUGGCCGUCUGGGUCAUCGCCUUCGAGGACGACGAGUACGCCGACCCGGCAGUCAUCAUCGCCUCCGAGACGGACGCGUGUUGGCGGCACAUGGGGCCCACAUCAUCAUGGCCGUGCGCAACCUCGCCGCGGCAGAGGCCGUGCGCCAGGUCGUCCUUGCCGAGACCCCCGUCGCCAGCCUCAACCUGAUAGAGCUGGACCUCUCCCCACUGACCUCCAUCCGCAACUUCGCCGCCAACUUCGCCGACAGGGGCCUACCGCUGAACAUCCUCAUGACAAUUCAACAUACCCCUGCCCUUUCGGAGAGGGAAGGUUUCCCACUCAUGGACACCUAGCUGAAUGCCUGAACCUGAACCUCGUUUUUCUUCUUCUUCUUCUUCUUCUUCUUCUUCUUCUUGGUAAUUCCUUGUUGAUUCCUUCUGGGCAUGCUAUAUUAUUGGGUGCAACAACAAAUUAUUGUCCUUGUUUUGAUUUCCUUCCUGUCAAGUUCAUCCUUUAGUGCUAGUACUAGUGGUACAUCAGUUUGAUUUAGGAAAAACACCAGCCUCUGCUUAACAUUAAAUCUAGUCAAGCAAUUGAUGCACAACAUAUUUGUUUUUGUACAACAACAAUCCGUUAAACGAUCUGGCCUGUAUACACAUGUUGAGGAAGAGAGAGAGGAUAUAUACUUGUUCUGUUGCUUCUAUAUACAUGUAUAUACGUUUAGUUAUUCAACAUGCUUCAACAUUUUUCUAA